AGAAAGAAACAAGCUUCUUCUUCCGGACUUCUUCACCUCUCUUGCUGCCUUUUUCCUCGUCCCCUUACUACAGCUCUGUCGUUUCAAUGUCAUCAGUUAUCAACACAGUCUCCUCCAUUGGACUGUCCAAAGUCAACGCCACCUACCGAAUCCGGUCUCGCAAGCUUUUGACGCCUGCUUCCGUUUCUUUCUCUAGACGGAGACUACCAGUGAUAGCAGCGGAGACUGAUACGAAUGAAGUGAAAUCUCAGGCACCUGAUAAAGCGCCGGCUGCUGGUGGUUCGAGCUUCAACCAGCUUCUAGGAAUCAAAGGAGCUGCCAAGGAAACUAAUAAAUGGAAAAUUCGUCUUCAACUUACAAAGCCAGUUACUUGGCCACCAUUGGUCUGGGGAGUAGUUUGUGGAGCUGCUGCCUCUGGAAACUUCCACUGGAAUUUGGAGGAUGUUGCGAAAUCUGUGCUUUGCAUGAUAAUGUCUGGUCCAUGUCUUACUGGCUAUACACAAACAAUUAAUGACUGGUAUGAUCGAGAGAUCGAUGCAAUUAAUGAGCCAUAUCGUCCAAUUCCUUCUGGAGCAAUUUCUGAGAAUGAGGUUAUUACUCAAAUAUGGGUGCUGCUUUUGGCAGGUCUUGCCAUAGCUGGAAUUUUAGAUGUUUGGGCAGGGCAUGACUUCCCAAUAGUAUUUUACCUUGCUCUAGGUGGAUCCUUGUUGUCUUACAUAUACUCUGCUCCACCAUUGAAGCUGAAACAAAAUGGAUGGAUCGGAAAUUUUGCCCUUGGAGCAAGCUAUAUUAGUUUGCCUUGGUGGGAUGCCCUUUUUCUAUUCUCCUACCUUACACCUGACAUAAUAGUUCUCACUCUCUUGUAUAGCAUAGCUGGGCUGGGUAUUGCCAUUGUUAAUGACUUCAAAAGUAUAGAAGGAGAUAGAGCACUAGGACUUCAGUCACUUCCAGUAGCCUUUGGUGCUGAAACUGCUAAAUGGAUAUGCGUUGGUGCUAUUGACAUAACUCAAAUAUCUGUAGCUGGUUACCUUCUUGGAGCUGGUAAACCAUAUUAUGCGUUGGCCUUGCUUGCUUUGAUAAUUCCACAAGUAGUAUUUCAGUUCCAGUACUUCCUCAAAGACCCUGUCAAGUACGAUGUUAAAUAUCAGGCCAGUGCUCAGCCAUUCCUAGUUCUCGGUCUGCUGGUGACUGCCUUAGCAACGAGUCAUUAGUAUAUCCAUUUGUUGCUUUUACUGGCGGGACAAGAGAGUGACUAGGAAGACAACAAACAUAAAGCUGGCAAAUGUUGGCAAGCAGAAGAUUAUCCACCAGCAAAGGUUACAGCAGCCGUAAUUUUGCCAAUCUAUGUGAGCCUCUUCUUCAGCUCUAAUUAAUAAGAUAGGAUUUUCCCAUUCCAUCACUUUCUGCUUAUUGUUUGUCUGUAACUGCUGUAAAUGACAUGUUUCUCAUGUUUUGGAUUUUUCGUUUUAAACCACUGUAACACCAGAAUCCAGAAUAUGCAGUUCUGCACAGUUUUCUAUUUACCUGCAUUGCUUCUUUGUUCUCU